CUUAAUUAUAAUGUUGAUAAAAUUUAUCUCUUGUCAAAGUAAGUAAACCGUAAUCGUUAAAUUUCAUUAUCACUAAAUGUGUAGCGCCCUUGCCAAUAAGAAUACUUUUAGUUUUUGUAUUACUAGGUGAAAAUACCAGGAAAAAAUUCACUGGUAUGUUGAUCUACCUCUGUCCAGCUGAUAAAAGAUAUGCCUGCUCCUGGGAAGGACAAUCAGAAGAUAUCCUUCGCCAUUUCGAGGAAGAACACGAUGAACUUCUGCACUUCAAUGACACGUUCAACAUAGAUCUAUCUAUACUGUCAGAAAACAGACUAUUUCUAAUAGAUGAAGAAAUUUACCUAGCACAGAUAACAAUUUAUGAAAACAAUUUGGAGAUAAAAUUGCGGUAUCUGGGUCCACAUAAAAUAGCUGCAAAAAUCACUUAUAACAUCUUACUGAAGGUCAACUAUGUAUUAUGCAAUCCCAGCUACAUAUUAGUGACCAAAUCUGGAAGCAUUUCAGUAAAUUUAAACAAAAUAGCUGAAAAAAUUAUCGAUAUAACAUGUACAUUAAAUAUCAACAAAGAUCUACCUGAAGAAAUUUACGAAGAAGAUGUUUUUACACCAGAAGAUUAUGCAGAAACUGCUAAUAGAGUUAGAAAAGUUAUCAAUACUAAAAAAUCUUCAACUCGCAUGUCCCUAUCAAAUCGCAAACACAGCUUAGAAGAAACCUCUUAUGCAACUGUUACAAAAACUACAGAAGUAUCUUUAACCAGAUCCAAGACAACAAGCUUAGAAGAAAUUAAACGAAGACAUCUAAAAAGAGCGCAAAGUACAUUAAGUUUAGGAGCUAUAACAGAAGAUAUAAAUGAUUACAACUGCACUGAAUGUGGUGUAAAUUUAACCACACCAAUAUUUGUAUGCCUUUCAGGCCAUAAUUUCUGUCCUAACUGUCAAAACCUUUUAUGCAAAAUAUGUUCAAAAGAAGUCACCUCUGAAAGAAACCCAGUGUUAGAAAAAAAGUUCCAAAAUUACUUAGAACCUUGUAGAUAUAAAAAUAAUGGCUGUCCAGAGAAAUUGGUUUACAACGAACUCACAGAUCAUAUCAAAUCCUGCACAUUUUGCGACUACCAAUGUCCAAUAGAAGGCUGUAACUUCAAAGGUCAGUACAAACACGUAUAUAGUCAUCUUAAAACCAUACAUGGUGCUACUAAGAUGUUGGAAUCUUUCAUAGUGGUCUUUCAAAACAUCCCUGAAGCGUUCCUGGUGAACGAAGAGAAAGGUAUUUUUCAUUGCCGAGUACAAUAUUUCGAAGAUUUUGUAAGAUGGGAAGCCAAAUUCUGUGGUCCUAAAGAGAAGAGAUUUUUCUGCGAAUUGAAGUUUAAAGAAGGUAAACUGAAGCAACCUGUGUUAUUGAAUAAGAAGGAAAACGUUUAUAGUAUCGAGAUGAGUUUGCAAGAGAUGAAAAGAAUGAAGAUCAAACCUAAAAAUGCGGUUUUAACGAUUACUUGUUAAGUAUUUGUAUUUGUUGAAUUUAUAACGACAGCUAGUGUAUUUUUAAAUAUCAGUGUUUUUGAAAACAUUAGCAAACAAUACAAUAAAAACAUUUUUAAUUUAAAUAAAGGUGCAAUUCUAAAAAUAAUAAGAAAAUAACUUUUAUAAAGGUUAGAGUGAGUAUACCGUUCAAUUUUACAUCUGAGAUAUUUAGCUAUAGAAGAAUUCAGUGUUCUAAUGAAAGGGUUCUAUAAUAUACCAAGAAGAUA